CCUUUGUUUUUGUGCACCCACAUGUUGGAGGAAUAUGGUUAAAGUUGACUGUUUGUCUGAAAACUUUUGGCUUCCACUCUCUGAUUCUCCACUCUGAAAGAGGAAACGUGCGUGUACUAGUUUAGCUAGACGGUAAUUAUUAACUGCCUGAAGCGGUUUAAAAAGGCUGCAUGCUUCAAGACUCCCACAGAGAGGACUUUGUCUGCACCUUCUGCAAAGCACAGCUACAGUAUGUUAGGCAAUAUUCAUUUUAAUUUACAAACAAUCCUGGGAAAUGUUUUCUAUUGAGAGAAGAGGACCUGUGGGCGCUCGCUGGGUGAAUCAGCCUUGGGACAAACGGGACGUUAAGCCUCCGAGGAGGCCUAGAAUUUUACCCAGGCGUCCUGUCAGGACAAACACCUGGCCACCUGACGGCACCGGCUCUGGAAACAACAAGCUGCACAGGGGACCAACGUACGUGUCUUUUGUCAGCAAGGCCAUCCUGUGGGAGAGAGGAGUCUGCCACCACAGCGUCCACCAUCCUGCGGUGCAUCAUCCCUCCGUGUGUCCGCGGUUUCUGUCCCAUAUGAAAGUUCGUCCUGAAGACCUCCACCCUCCAAGUUUCCUGACGUCUGCAGAGCAGUUUCCGUCUCAGGCGAAGAUAAAACAUAUCAAACCAAUUUCUGCUCCAAAAACCCAAACUCUUGGGGACCUUCACCUUGGUGGAGGACUGAAAUGUGAGCAGGAUGUGACGGAGGGAAGUCGCUCUGCUGCUGAUGCUCCUCACCUCCAGCUCCCUGCCACCCCGACACCAUCCAGCCGCAGUCCAACGCCUCUCCGACUCAAAACUCCUCCACUUGACUCUGAAAUACAUCAAAACAAAACAAACAUCAUGCGAACAACGGAAACUCUUCCUCUUCCUUCGAAUGUUCCUCCCCUACGGGACGGAUCUGGAGCCUCUGAGAGGGAAAAGGUGCUGCAGCCUGCUGUGGUGGAGCCGGACAUGGAUCUUAGCUUCGGACCUUCCAGAUCAACACCAACCUCCCCCUCCACAGGGUCACUGUCAGACUUCAGCCGUCCACCUUCCAGUUUAUUCAGCCGGAGCACCGACCUCUGCAGCGGCCGGAGUAGCGUCCCGAGUCGCUACACCACUGGAGAAACUGACUCGGCAGCAGAGAAAUGCGUUUCUUCCUCCACACAUCAGCUUUCUACAAAGAAGCAGGCAUCUCUGGCCGCUUUGACACCAACAUAUUCGCACCAUGAAGAACCCAUUAACACCAGCACCUCCACGCCUUCACCCACUGAUCAGCUUUGUGAUCAGCCAACGCCCUGUUCUGUUCGCCAACAAACACCGGCCAUCCAGCCUGGUUCAGAUAAACCUCUGAGCAGCAGAAAAAGCACGAGAACAACAAAAAACGUGGACCUAAACACAUCUACGGAGCCUUCUUGUAACCAGACCUUGUCUUCUGAUAGAAGUUGUGCUACGUCUGCGUUUCCUUCCACCGCAUGGUCUUCCAGCACUAGUCCACGGGCUGCUUCCUGUUCAGCACUACUAGCAACGAUGACCCCCGCUCCUCCAUCGUCCCGGCUGGAGUCACGCCGCUGGCCCGUCCUGCCUCCCAUCUCUCCUGUCAGAGGAUGCUCAGCAGCCUCCCGCUGCUCUGAGAUCAGCUGCAGUCAGUCUCAUAUGUUUGAUGAACUGGAAGCCAUCACUCCUCCCUCAGCUUCCUGCUUGUCUCUGGACCAGCUGUCAGACUCUUCAGCUUCUGACUCACCUCAUACAGAGCUGUCUCCCGGCCUCGCUGCACUGACGGUGGGUUGCGAUUCCGGAAAUCUGGGUUCCUUAUCCCGAGUCCAGCUUCUCCUGUUAGAUCGGCCGGCAGCGGAGACCUUGAUGAGUCCUUCCUCUUAUGAGAUGUUCUCCCCAGUUCCAGAGUGGACGGACCUGAUGGCCUCGUGUAACCAUCCAGGGGUGACGUCUGCAGGUCAGUCGAGGCCCCCCACAGCUGGUUGUGUCUCUGAAAGGUGUGACUCUGCAGGAAAUCUCAGAGAAAACAUAUCGGAUUGGUCGGAUUUUGGGUCGCCCUCUUCCUGGAUCGUUGACAUGUUCAGGUUCUCCGAGUCAAACCACAGUGUCUACGCACAACACCAGGACUCCACUGAGGAGGAGCUCGGAGACCUGGGAAGGAGCAACCCAGUUCUGUUUGGAGAACAGGAAUCCAUGAGGGUCAAAGGCAUAGCCAAGGAGAGGGACCAACGGAUGGAGGAGAGGAAGACAAAGGCCUUAAACAUGCUUUCCAAACUGCAAGAUGGAACGCCUCACCAGAGCAAAAACAGCAGAAGUUGCUCCAACUUUGAGGACUACGACUUUUUGGCAAAGUACUGCAUUUUCAGCCAAGAGAAGCUGGCAGAGUACAAAAGGGCUUUUGAGGCGGAGGACAGCGACGGUGAUGGCUACAUCUCCAGCCUGCAGGUUCUCCUGGCUCUGAAGAGCAUCAUUCCAGCCGAGCUGCUGUCUGAGGAGGAAGAAAUCUACGUUUACAGGAUCUUGGGGAUGGUGGACUUCAGAGUGACAGAUGGGCUGGUGGACCUCAGGCUGUUUGCUGUGAUUGCAAGUCUGGCUCAGAAAAUAGCCUCCAUGGAUGAUUUUAUGCGGUCACUAAUCAGCAACAUGGACUUCCGCUCCCUUGAAGUGAGGCUCUUCAAAGCUAAGCAACUGUUCCUGUUCCUCCUGGAGGAGCAGCUAGAGGAUUCGGGAGGAGCCCAGCAGGGCUUCAUCAGCGGCGAGCAACUGCUGCUGGAGCUGAGGGCCGGCGGCAUCCAGCUGGAGCAGGAGGUGGCCAUCAGGCUGGAGCUGCAGCACAUUCCUCCACUGGACCUGCUGGACUUCCUGGCCUACCUGCCCCUCUUCAUGCUCAUCCACAAGUCGGUGAUCUCCAACCCCCUGGAAGAUGUCAACCACCUGUGAGCCUGAGACCAAGCCCAAUAACUGCUGAAAUCAGCCAAAGCGUUCAACUUUAUGUUGGAAUUAGCAGAAAAAAGGAUGAAAUAAGUGAAAUAUUUGCCGGAUGGAGAGCAGCGUGUAAUUGUUUGUUUGUGUUUUUAGACUCUCGUCUGAAUGAAGCUGUUUGUUGUCUUUGGUAACAAUUUCAAAAUAAAAUGUGCUGAAGUGAAACUACAUUUAAAAACAAAUCAUUCUGAAAUUGUCUUCGAGUUUUUAAACAAAAUAGCUGCUUUCUGUUUGCACAUUUUUCUAGAUUAAAGAGAAAAAAAUAGAGAAUGCAAAUAAUUCACGUUUACAAAAGCUUUCUGCGUCUUUCAGACAUUUUCAAGUUUUGUUCAUUCAAUUCAGUUUAUUUCUACAACGCCAAGUCACAACAAGUCGUCUUAAAGCACGUUACAAAGUCAACUUUCCAGUUGAACCUACUUAUCGGUGCAGUGACCUCAGGUCAUUAUGCCAAGUUUUGGAAAACUGUCCAUGAGAUCAUCUUUUGGCUUUGCUGAUAUUUGCUAACGUGUGAUUGGCCGUUCCUGCCACCUGUGCACUUGACCGUUCUGCAUUCCUGACAUUGUAUAAAAAGCAUCUAGGCUGUAGUUGUACACGUAUUUUUGUAUACUUACUGUAAAACUAUCUUUUUGUAUUCUUUGGCUCACUUUUUAAUCCAAAUUUAUGAGAAAAAAACGAACAUUUUCCGUGGCAGCCUGACUGAACUGUUUCACAUGGGACCUGUGAGAGUCCGGCUCAUUUUCUAAUAGGAAUUUAUUCAAAAAGUGUCUUUGUGUCUCAGUUGGUUUGCAAGUACCGACAACCGAGUUUCCAUUCACGGACAUGAUGACCUUUGGGACUCA